GCACAGCAGUUAUCCAAUGUCUACUUUACUAUACUUUCACUUUUUUGUUUUAAGCUUUUUGUGAAGAUCAGCCUUGCUAUACUUAGUCAUUUCUACAUUGUGAAAGGAAACCGUAAGGAAGCAGCAAGGAUAGCUGCUGAAUUUUAUGGAGUUCCUCAAGGACAAGGUAUAUUUGUACAUACUCUGUUAUCACUACUGUUUGGGGAUUUUGUUUUUCAGAUUGAAAGAAAUGAGUAGGAUUUAUAAUUGCAAUUGGCUGGAAGUGCCAUGGGGAGAUGGAGAUUUAGGUUCUUGGGCAGAUCGCUCACCUCUGCAUGAGGCAGCCAGUCAAGGACGUCUUCUUUCUCUGAAGACUUUAUUGUCACAGGGGUACAAUGUAGACACACUGACAAUUGACCAAGUGACUCCACUCCAUGAAGCCUGCCUGGGAGACCAUGUAGGAUGUGCAAGAAUCCUCCUUGAAGCAGGAGCGAAUGUAAAUGCUACAACAAUUGAUGGAGUGACACCUUUAUUUAAUGCCUGUUCGAGAGGCAGUGCAGCAUGUGCUGAGCUGCUGUUACAAUACGGUGCCAAAGCUCAGUGGGAGUCGUGUCUGCCCUCACCAACACAUGAAGCAGCCAGCAGAGGUCACAGUGAAUGCCUGGAGGUACUGAUAUCCUGGGGUAUAGAUGUUGACCAAGAUCUUCCUCACUUAGGAACACCUCUGUAUGUAGCUUGUGUUUCACAGCAGAUCCAUUGCAUUCGAAAGCUUCUUUAUGCAGGUGCCAACGUGCAGAAAGGAAAGCAUUUGCAAACUCCACUCCAUGCUGCUGCCCAGCAUUCUAGUACAGAGAUUGUAAACUUACUCCUUGAAUUUGGGGCAGACAUAAAUGCCAAAAAUUCAGAUUUUGAGAGGCCUGUUGAUUUAGCUGCCCCAAGCAGUUUAGUGGAGAGACUGCUGCUCUUCCAUGAAGUUAAACUAUUUUCUUUAUUGUUUGCAGCCACACCAUCUUCUCUUUGUCAGCUCUGCCGACUAUGUAUCCGAAAUUACAUAGGAAGAGCUAGACUGCAUCUUGUUCCACAACUCCAGUUGCCAACAAUACUUAAGAAUUUCUUACAGUAUAGAUAACAUAGUAAUUAAUUGUUAGAAACUUAAAUAUAGCAAGUACAUUUUUUUUUUCCUCUCUGUUUAUUGUAUGUUUUAUCUAAAGAACUGCUGGGCGGAAAAAAAAAAAGCCUUUUGCAUAUUGCUUAAAAAAAUGGUAUCUUUGACACCUGGUGUUGGUAAUGUAAUAGCAAUUGGGAGCCAUUCAGCAACUAGUGCCAAGGUGCUAAUCCAGCUGAAUUGAGUAAGUGUGCUGAUACUCUGGGACAUGAUUGUAUAACUUUAUCUUAAUCCUUUAUAGCUUUAGUGCUGUUAACUUUAAUUGUGUUUAUGUUUUUAAAAUCUGUUUGACACAACUGAACCACAAAGGGUUUCUUUAUUAUUAUUUGUUAAGUUUGUCCAUUUUGGAGUCAAUAUUUUAUGUAUUUUCAAAUAUCUGUUGUGUGUGUACCUAAAAAUACUUGGUGAUGGGUGCACUAUAUGCAUUGAUAAAAAUAAAACAAUUAAACAUAAA